AUGAUCGAUUUUAUUGCUGAACCUUUUGUUGCCACCACUGACAACACGGAAACACUCAUCGUUGUACUUAAUGAACUUGCUGAAGAGCUCGGUGCUCGUCUCAGCUUUACUGAGAAGGCUUUUCAAUAUGAUAAUAGUGACUAUAGAACGGCAUGUGGCAUAGGUAAUCUUGGCAGUAUUCAUUCGAUUGUUGGAGAUGGAGGAAGUUUACAAACAGCCCACUUUAGACUACAUUUGAACCUCAGUUAUGACGAUCUAAUUUCAACAGCUGAAAAAUUCAAAAACUUUACGAUCACAUUGAUCACCGAUAUUGCCUCGAUGAUUGGAUGUAAAAAAGAAUUUAUUCGAGUGUUUUCCGUCAGUCGAGCAUCGUCAGCACACACCGAUAUUGGUAUAACAACGCAGCAGCUAGAAAAAACAACUAAAUUGGCAGAACAAUUAAAGCAUGCAUUAAACAAUUUGCCAAAGCAAUGUCGUCAAAGCAUUCUUCAAUAUUUAUUUAAAGAAAAUUACGAAUACCAGUGGAAGACAGCAAUCAAUUUUUUAGAACUGCAAGAAUCGGAUCUUGAUUCUCGAUACAAUCGCGAUUAUCCCGACGCUCAAGAAGAGAUGCGAGGAGGACGCCCUUACUAUUUUCCUCAAGGAUGGUAUCGUCAUGCACUAAAAGUCGAUGAUAAAUAUUCAAAUGAUCAUGUUUGGUUGGGCAUGAGCAAUUCACCAGGCGAAUGGUCAGUUGCUUAUCAUGGCACAGCAGCGGGUGCACUUGUUCUUCUUUUCAUUCUAUUUGGUGUGGCUAUGAGUAAUUUGUCAUCGGAAUGGAAUAAAUUCAAACGUGACUACAACAAACAGUAUGCAUCAGCGGCAGAAGAAGAUGAACGUAAACAAAUAUUUAUUGAAAAUGUCAAGCGAAUGCGUUCAUACCAACAAACUCAUCCUGAUGCAACAUUCACAGUGGCAAUCAAUUCUUUAACUGAUCGACGUAUUGAGGAACUUGUAUCUGGACCUACAAUUCACUUUGAAACUCGACCAGCAUUACUCAAAAGUUCCAUCGAAUUAAAAAACUUACCUGAAUCGCUCGAUUGGCGCACAAAAGGUGUUAUCACACCUGUGAUCGAAGAAGGUCCUAUUGGAGUGAUCUUGGGGCCCCUUGUGGCUACUGAACUUGUGGAGAGUCUUCAUGCCAUUCAUACCAACAAUCUCAUAGAAGGCAGCAUUCCAAGAAUAUACGACUGUUGUCUAGUACCACCUGAUCCUUUUGAAUGUAUGAAGAACUUAAGUGGUAUUUGCCGAAAGGUUGAUUAUCCAGAAAUUCUUAAUAAAUGCGAACCGAACGCAUGCAAAUCUUUUACUACGUUUGACGAAAUCAAGAGACUAACAGAUAAAGACGAAAAUACAAUGUUGACUUGGAUUCAAGACUCUACUUUAUGGGUGGUAAUGAACGCCUUUGGCAAGGGCUUCGGAGAUUACAAGGGCGGUAUUUACGAUGAACCGACAUGUCCACAAACAGAUGGAAAUCAUGCGAUGCAAGUUGUUGGUUAUGGUAUUGAAGGAGGUAGACCCUAUUGGCUGUGCAAAAAUAGCUGGGGUGAAGGCUGGGGUGAGAAAGGCUAUGUUCGUAUGGUACGCGGUUUUGUUAUCAUGGUUAGUGAAGACUUCACAUGUCUUGUUAGUGUACAACAUUUAAAAAAAACAACAAAAUCUAAUUUAUUGUAACGUUUUGUGCGAGUGUUUCCUCAACAAAUACAAACAAAUUAUAAUUAUCAAACAAAAGGUGUAGAAUGGAUUUUUAGUAAAGGAAAAUUUGAUAUAUUACAAGCUCGUCCUAAAACAACUUUAUUUCCAAUACGAGAAAAUCCUCAUGGGCAACCCAAUGUAUGA